AUGCGGUCCGCGACUACUUUUGUAGACUGCAAGGCGGUAAGGCAUCAAUCCCCAGCCGUUUUUGGCCAGUCACUGAGACAAAAGGUGGAGCAUCAGUCCCAUGACGCAUUCAACACUAAGCCAUUCGCCGUCCGCCAUUCUACCUUGAUAACGAUCUUCCAUCACUUCACACGACUUUCAUCAAAUAUCUUCGACUACUUUGCAUCAUUUCGUAAACGAUUAAAGGUCCAGAAAUCAUUUGAAUCCCGAAAAUCUCCAGGCGCUAUGCGAUUCUCUACUGUCACCGCCUGUCUGACUGCCUGUUUGGCGCCAGCAGCGGCUCUCAGUGUUCUCAAUGGCAAAGCUCCUGAACUCACCAUCAGCGACGACCUCAAGAUUCCUGGCGAUUCUCCUCUCGAGUUCUGUCCCGGAGACCACGCAGCCGAUCUUAUUAAGAUUGACCGUGUUGAUUUGUCUCCCAACCCUCCCAAGGCUGGCCAGGAACUCUUGAUCAAGGCCAAGGGUUCAGUUAAGCAGAAGAUCGAAGAGGGCGCCUACGUCCUCUUGACCGUCAAGUAUGGCCUCAUCCGCCUCAUCAGCACCAAGGCCGAUCUCUGCGAGCAGAUUGGCAAUGUUGACCUCAAGUGUCCCGUCGAAAAGGGCGAGGUCGAGGUUACCAAGAGCGUAGACCUUCCUGCUGAGAUUCCAUCUGGCAAGUACACUGUGCUGGCCGAUGUUUUCACUGCCGAUGAUGUACAGAUUACAUGUUUGACGGCAACUGUCACCUUCUCUCGUAGCAGCAAGGGUUUCUUUGGCAGCGAUCUGUGA